AUGGGUGUACGUGUGUCGCGGUCAAGUUGUCGUGAUCACAUAGUGUUGCGGUAUGAAAACCGUGGUGUUCAAUGGCUGAAAAGUAGUAGGUCUUCCCUUCCCCCGGGAUUAAACCCGACCGAUGUUACCCCGAAGGAUAAGGAUACACUGCAGGCUGACCCCUUCGCAGGAAUGUCCAAGGCUGCAAAGAAAAAUGCUAAAAGGACAGAAAAGAAGAAACAACAGGGCCACAAUGAAAAUGUUGAGUCUGUAACCAGGUCAUUAGCUGAUUCUGUGCUCUCAAACGACCAAUCACAAUCAUCUAAACAAAGCUCCAACCAAUCAGAGAUGCCAUUACAAAAUAAAGCUGAUAUUGAGAAGAAAGUCAGAAAUGUGAAGAAAAAUUAA